GUUGGUUUUUCAUCUAAAGGUCGGCUCUGUGGGACAAUGAUUAACACGAGGCUGAACACAGAGAGGUCAAAGGUUGUUUCCCCCAUCAAAGGAUUCACUCCACCGUGAGCUCCUCGGUAACCGCGUCCUUUCGUCGCCAUGGAUCCGUUUGUCGGCUCGACCGCGAGGGAAACCGUGGAGCGGGUCGCGGCCCAGCUGGGCCGCAGCGCGGCCUCCGCGGACGUGGCCUCCUACCUGGACCAACGCGACACGCUGCGCCACCUCAGGAGGAGGUUCCUGGUCCCACGGGUGGCGGACCUGCCGCAGGCCGACCUGUCGCUGGUCGACGGCUCCCAGGAGUGCAUCUACCUGGCGGGGAACUCGCUGGGGCUUCAGCCCGAAAGGGCCAGGACGUACCUGAUGGAGGAGCUGGACAAGUGGGCCAAAACGGGCGUCCACGGUCACCUGGGGGGCUCUCGGCCGUGGGCCUGGGCCGAAAACAACAUCGAGGGGCUCAUGGCGGACGUUGUUGGAGCUAAGGCCGAGGAGGUGGCCCUGAUGAACGGCCUCACCGUCAACCUCCACCUGCUGCUGCUCUCCUUCUACAAGCCCACAGCAGCUCGCCACAAGAUCCUCCUGGAGGACAAGGCCUUUCCCUCGGACCACUACGCCGUGGAGUCUCAGAUCCGCCUGCGAGGGUUUGACCCCGAGGGCAGCAUGCUGCGGCUGGCCCCCAGACCGGGAGAGCUCACCCUGAGGACCCAGGACAUCCUGGAGGAGAUCGAGAGGGAGGGCGACUCCAUCGCCGUGGUGAUGCUCAGCGGCGUCCAGUACUACACCGGCCAGCUGUUCGACAUGGCCGCCAUCGCCGAGGCCGGCCAGAAGAAGGGCUGCUUCGUGGGGUUCGACUGCGCGCACGCCGUCGGCAACGUGGAGCUGAAGCUGCACGACUGGGGGGUGGACUUCGCCUGCUGGUGCUCCUACAAGUACGUCAACGCGGGGGCCGGAGGGCUCGCCGGCGCCUUCGUCCACGAGAAGCACGGCCGCGACAUCAAACCCGCGCUGCUGGGAUGGUGGGGUCAUGACCUUAAGACUCGCUUCCUGAUGGAUAACGAGAUGCAGCUGCAGCCCGGCGUGAGCGGCUUCAGGCUGUCCAACCAGCCCGUCCUGCUGGUCUGCCCCCUGCAGGCCAGCCUGGAGGUGUUUAAGGAGGCCGGCAUGCCGGCGCUGCGCAGGAAGUCCCUCCUGCUGACGGGCUACCUGGAGUACCUGAUCCAGCACCACUACAGAGAGGACCCGGCCCGGCCUCACGCGCCCCACGUCCGCGUCAUCACGCCCUCCGACCCCCGGCAGCGAGGCUGCCAGCUGUCGCUCUGCUUCUCCGUGAACGUCUGCCGCAUCCACCAGGAGCUGGAGAAGAGGGGCGUGGCUUGCGACAUGCGGGAGCCCAGCGUGCUGCGGGUCGCUCCGGUGCCGCUCUACAACUCCUUCGGGGACGUCCACGGCUUCGUCCAGGCGCUGGGAUCGGCCCUGCGGGCCUGCGGCGCCCUUUGACCCCGAGGAGCCGUCCGCCGUUUGACCUCACUGAAUCCCUACGGAACGCGGCGCAGGAAUUUCACCGAAAAUGUUUCAAUAAAAGUUGAAUUAAGAAAUGUUGCUU